UUUCCGGGUGACGCGAGCGUGCCUGGGACGCGGAGGGGCGGGGCUCGGACCAGCUCGCCCUGCCACCAGCUAGGCUGCCCUGCGGCGCAGGGAGCCUGCUUUGAGAGGGAUGGAGACCGGCGGCGUUGCGGACACACUCCUUUCUGGAGCUUGCGUGAUCUUCACCCUCGGCAUGUUCUCCACCGGCCUCUCUGACCUCAGGCAUAUGUGGAUGACCCGGCGAGUGGACAAUAUCCAGUUCCUGCCCUUUCUCACCACGGAUGUCAACAACCUGAGCUGGCUGAGUUAUGGGACCUUGAAGAGAGAUGGGACUCUAAUCAUUGUCAACGCUGUGGGUGCUGUGCUUCAGACCUCAUAUAUCUUGGUGUAUCUGCACUACUGCCCUCGGAAGCGUGCUGUGCUCCUACAGACAGCAGCCCUGCUGGGGGUCCUUCUCCUGGGUUUUGGCUACUUUUGGCUCCUGGUGCCCAGCAUUGAGGCCAGGCUUCAGCAGCUGGGCCUCUUCUGCAGUGUCUUCACCAUCAGUAUGUACCUGUCACCACUGACUGAUUUGCCCAUUCCAUCUCACUUAGGCUCAGGGCUGCGCACGCUUUCUCCCUCCGCCCAGUCCAUUUGGCCCUCUCCCCACACGUACCUCUGCCCCGCGUUUCCCGGUUCUGCGCGGCUCUGACGUAGCCAGCGUGCGGAACUCUUCCAGGGCUGCGCUCGCCUUUGCGCUGCUUUCUGGGAGUUGAAGUCCUAGCGGCGGCGCCUGUUGGGCUCGCGCUGCGGUCUUCGCCUCAGCGGAGUCCAGCAGUCUGUGCUCAGGAAACUGCGUCUUGGGUCGCCUGGGGGAUCGCCUGGGGCUUCGGUGCUGCUUCUCUUCUCUACUUCGGUGCCAUAGAGAAAGCCACCUUGCGAUAUGGUUCUCCUUCAACUUCACUUAUGCACAAAAAUCCCUUCUGUUCAUUCAUUUAUUCACUCGUUUGUUCGUACGUUGAGUGCCUUGAUAAACUUUAGAGAAAUAAAGAUAUAAAGACACUCGGCCUCUCCUGGGGUGGAGGGGGAAAAAGAAGUCAGGAAAACGGAAGCAUUGACAACUAACCAUGAUGCUUUCAGAUAGGUGUAAGAACAAAGGUUGUCUUUUUUUUUUAACUGUAGCACUUUAUUUUCCUCAAAAUGACAUGUUGCUAAGGCCUAAUGUUCUCAUAUGACAAUAGAAAAACAAAAUUUGUCAUCUCUUAAAGAAUUGAGAAUUGUGUGCAAAAACCUUACAUAAAUUAAAAGGAUGAAUAAAUUUACAGGUGGAAAUACAACCCAAUUUCCAACUCAAGGCAA